AUGGCCCGUCGAACACAGUCGCGCUUUAUCUUCGAUAUCGUGGAAAACUCAAGAAUUUUUCGACAUCAGUUUUUCGUCAACGGUUCAAGGAGGGCGGAAUGUACCACCUGCGAAAGUCGUGUUCCCGCCAGCGAACCGUACAGUUAUCACUGGCGAAAUGAUAUCAAGAACAACAGAAACUAUUGCAUUCAAUUGGGGCCCGAGGAAAAACAGAUCCUGAAGACAAUCGAGGAUCAGGCCAUCGAAGAGUUUAUCCUAUGCGAUGGAAGCAUCACAGCCAGGACCAACGACUUUCUUUUGGAUUCUGGGAUAGAUGCUGUUCCUCAAUUACUGAGAUUCCUAAGUUUUGGUACCGACAAAUUGGAGGCAUCUGUAGGAUUCUAUGUGGACGUGAAAAAGGAACGCAUGUACUACGAAAGCAGUCCUUUAAAUAUUGAACACCACCUGGAUAUUGGCGAGGCGGUCGAUAUGAUAUUCUCAAUGCUGCUGGAGAAGAUUAGUAACUAUGUGCUGAUCCAUCAAAAAGUUCCCUUGGAGGCGUGCGUUAUCAGAAGAAUGAAGGUGACUGUGAAGAGAUUUUGUCACUCCCCCAAGGGAAAAUCCCUAUCUGUAUCCAAGCUUCCUCUCCAAUAUCAAGUGAAAAAUGCAGCCGAAUGCCUUGGCAGCGAAAGUAAUAAAUCGUCCUCCGAUUUGCUCAAGCUUGCUGAAACUUAUCUUACUCAAGAGGUCCCUGGUCGACCUAUUCCGCCCAACCUGAAGUUAAACCUCUACAGUUUUCGGGUUUGUAGCACCUCCAAAGAAUUGUAUGCUGUACCUUACCUACUUCGGGGAGAUGAUGUGGACAACACGCCCACCUUUAUUAUUCAAACGGACGUGACUGGUGAAAUCCAGGGUCUACUUGAAGUCCGGAAUAUACGGAAGUUCCUGAGGGUGGAUAGCCAGGACAGAGUCUUCGAGUGCCGCCAAUGCCAGUCCCACUUUGUUGACCGGGUUCAUUUUGCGCUCCAUAAGCAGAUCGCCUGUGGACGAAACUUUAUGGUGUGGCACAUGGACAAGGAUGCCAUCGAGUUGCACGAGAACUGCCUGCCCUUGCCAAAGGAAUACUUCAAGUACGAUUGGGUUGGAUUGGCCAGCAAACGAGGUUAA